GCUGAUCAUCCUACUCUGUUACAAUUUUAUCAGAUGCAGUUUACUCUCACCUCCCGCGGACUUUAAAUGAGAAUUCCUCCUUUCACUCCACCUUUGCGCGUCGCUUAAAUACUCUACCAACCGAGGCCGAUCUCAUCGCCAAUUCCCUGUUCAUUAUCAAGAGGUUGACAUCGUCUAGGCCUUUUAUGAACCUCCGCUGACGAUUCUUAACGUUCGGUCCGUGACGACUUACGCUCGAUAUCGCUUCACGGAACGCAACAGACUGAGCGUCACCAAACUAGACGCUGACGUCACCGCAGCAGCUGUUGCCGUCCGAAAUCUGUCGCGCGCAAUGAUCACAACACAAACAGAGUGAACACCGAGUGUCCCUUGACUAUCGCCGCCAUAAUGAAGAACUCACCGUAUGAUCGCCUCUGGCGCCGGGAAAUAGGGGAGCCGUCGCGCCGUGCUAGUAUUCGCGGGAUCUACGGAUCUAAGGAAUGGAUAGACGAUCUAGACAUUGUUAACGAGUUGGGUGGACACACAGGCUGUGUUAAUGCGCUAUGUUGGUCGCGGUCUGGCCAACUUCUCGCCUCAGGAUCUGACGACCAUUACGUGAAUAUCUAUUCCUACCAACCCGAGUCGUCAUCGGCGCCCUUUUCGCUGAAUACCACUCUCCAUACCGGUCACAAGGCGAACAUAUUCUCCGUCAAGUUCAUGCCACAUUCGAAUGAUCGUACCUUGGUAACAUGCGCUGGUGACCAUCAGGUUCGGGUCUUUGACAUCGAAUACUCUAGCAGUAAUGGUAAUCUUGAGGCUACAUCUGCAUUUACUGCGUCCGCCCGAAGUCGGCGCUUCAACAAUUUCUACACAAAUACCCGGUUCAUGACUGCAGAGAAUACCAAUAGCCGUGUCUAUCGUAGCCAUGCAGAUCGUGUUAAACGUAUUGUCACUGAGUCGUCCCCGUAUCUAUUCCUUACAUGCUCCGAGGAUGGUGAGGUACGACAAUGGGAUUUACGUCAGCCUUCCUCCGCGUAUCCUAAGCCAUUAGGUGGGCAAGGCCCUAUGGCCUAUCGGCCGGGGGUGGUGCAUGAUGAUUCGAAUGUUCCCCCGCCGCUGAUAUCCUACAAACGGCAUCACCUUGAUCUCAACACCAUAUCGUGCUCUCCUACUCAACCCCAUUAUAUUGCGCUGGGCGGCGCUCAUCUUCACUGUUUCCUUCAUGAUAGGCGUAUGCUGGGCCGAGACUUGCUCAUGGAGCGAGGGGACCCAGGCGGCUCUCCUCGGAUCGGUAGUGAUCGCGAGGACGAGCUGAUAAGUCACGCGACAAGAUGUGUUCGAAGAUUCGCACCCAAUGGCAAGCGCCGGAUGAAACCGCGGGACAACGGACACAUCACUGCCUGUAAGAUCAGUGAUUUCAACCCGAACGAGAUGGUGGUUAGCUGGUCGGGCGAUCACAUUUACAGUUUUGAUCUAAUCCAAAGCCCUGAUGCCAGAGAAGCCGAAUCAACACACGAAAGGUCCACCCAAGGAACCCAGUCUCCGCGUAAGCGACGGAGCUCAAAGAAUAGAAAGCGGAAACGUCGAAAUGGCGCCUCGAUAUCAUCUUCCGAAUUUAGCGGUAAUCGGGAUCAGCCUCGUCGGCGGUCCCACGAACAAUCAGAAGACGACGAACCAAUGAUUCGCGCACGGUAUGGGAACGGCGAAACAGGGGAUGUCCCGCUAUCAGCGGUCUCAGCGCCUACUUCUGGUUCGUCAAGGCGUGCAAGGAAGCAGGCAAGGUAUCCUGUGCUGAACGAAGCGCAAAGACUUAGCAUGCGUAUUGCCAGAGCUCUAGUUAAGCUCCGCAAGGCUUUGUUCUCACUAGAAGCUACCGUACGAGAAGCAGGUGAAUCGUCGAGCCAGCUAGACCCGACCCUUUAUGUUGAUUCAUUCUCAACGACGCUAACACUAGCUUCGGAAUAUCUUCCAAUGAUGGAGGAAAUCAUGCGAACGUGGGGAUACCCUCUCAAUCCUUCUGCUGAUGUGGUCAGGUUUCAGCAGGCUCUUCGUCGAAACAGGGAGACAUCCUGGAGAUUUGUUCAAGCCGCAGGAGCGUUAGCACGCGUCCUGGGAGGCGAGCUCCGCGGAGACUUACCUCCUAACAUAUCUUUCAUGCAAAUCAUGCCUGCGCCUGGUGAGGGCAAAACUAUUCCUCCAGAGGAGCAGUUCGGCUAUGAUUUCAUAAAGGCCAUACUGCUGUUUUUGGAAGGAGGUAGAGAGGCCCUCAUUUCAGGCUUCAAGAGUAGUAAUGAACAUCGGCGGAGUGCGUCACGGUACCCUUUGUCCGAUGAAGCUGAUGAAAGUGCCAUUGAAUCGGAGUUAGUACCUUAUCUUCAAAGACUCGCGGGAGACACACCUGUUGUGAACGUUGAUGCCUCGAGAUUCGAACACGAUAGCACACGCGUACUCUUCCCGAAUCAACACGCAGCAGUGACAGCUUUUGCAAACGUUGUGAAAAUCCCACUUGAAGACUUAGAGGACGCCGCUGCAAGAAUCAAUGACUGUGAGGGCCAUUCUGAUAGCUCCCACAUCCGCUCUCUUGAUCGAACAGCUGUACGGCGGUUCUGGGGCUUAAAGGUCGCUCGUGGUAUUUUGAUGGAGGCAGGUUCGGGAGUGAAUUAUUCAUUUGCUAAUCGCGCCUUCGGUGGGUUGCGUACAGUAGUAGAAGAUGAAUCUGGAUCCGAAGGCGAAGCGGGCCCGGAAAGGUCGCAAGCUGACAUACAACCCGACAUUGGAGAGUAUCAAAUCUUCCAACAUCUCCACAUGUUGUCUGCUAUGAAUUCUACCGAAGAAGCUCUGAAUUUAGACGGCGGAGGAUCUGAGGCUACUUCUAGUGAUGAAAGUGAUUCUGAGGGUGAUGGAAGUGGAUCUGAUGUGGCUGUGGAGGAAGUGGGAGAUGACGGCGAAAACGAGGAGGAUAGCAGCGAUGACGACGAUGACGACGAUGACGAGUUUGAUAUCGAUGGCAGUUCUGAAGGAGGCUAUGAUAGUGAUGAGAUGCUGGAGCCUGAAGAGCGCAUGCUCCGCCUCAACGGUUUGCGAACAUCUCGAAGGGAGGAUGCGGGACUCGACGUGCCGUGCUCCUCGCAUACCAAAGUCUAUCGUGGACAUUGCAAUGUUAAAACAGUCAAAGAUGUCAAUUUCUUUGGCUUGAAUGACGAAUACGUGGUGAGUGGCAGCGACAUGGGGCAUCUGUUCAUCUGGGACCGGAAGACGUGUGACUUGGUCAAUAUCCUGGAAGGUGAUACUGAAGUCGUCAACGUUGUACAAGGUAAAUUUAACUCUAGUUUGCUUAAUCGAGCUUCUCCACUGAUAUUUUACUCCCAGGCCAUCCAUACGAACCGACCAUUGCGGCUUCUGGCAUAGACAGUACUAUCAAGAUCUUCUCAGCCGACAGAAAUGCCCAGGAGAACGCUCGCCGCGGCAUCAACAUUCUGAACCCCGAGAACCCAGCUAACGUGCUAGGUCCGAGUGUCUCGAACAUCGGCGGGCUCAA